ACACUUGCCAGUGGCAUCAGCGAGCAUUCGACUUCUUCCUCUGGUUAAGUGGGUUUACUUGAAGAAAGAAGGAAAAAAUGUCUCCACUUCUGAUAAGCAUCUGUAAUAUCACUGAAGUUUUCAAUCAAUAUGCCUCACAUAAUUGUGAUGGAGCUGCAUUAAGCAAGAAAGACCUAAAGAACCUCCUUGAAAGGGAAUUUGGAGCUGUCCUUCAGAGACCGCAUGACCCUGAGACUGUAGAUCUAAUCCUGGAACUCCUGGAUCGUGACAGUAAUGGGCGUGUGGAUUUCAAUGAAUUCCUCCUGUUCAUUUUCAAGGUGGCUCAAGCUUGUUAUUAUGCUCUUAGCCAGGCUUCAGGGCUAGAAGAGAAGGGCGCACAGUGUGAGGGUAAGGGGAACCUGUUACAAGAUCGUAGGCAAGAAGACCAAAGGAGAUUUGAGCCGAGAGAACAACAAUUAGAAGAACCUGGGCAACAGCGCAGGCAGACGAGGCAGGAGAGGGAGCUCAUUGAGGAAGAGGAGAAGAGAGAGAAGCAAGAGAAACUUGGGCAGCGUGACAGGCAGGGCUUCGAAGAGGAGCAGCAACUGCAAAGUCGUGAGGAGGGGCGAGAGCAGCGGCUGAAGAGGGAGCAGGAGAGGCUGGAGCAGGAGGAGAGGUUGGAGCAGGAGGAGAGGCGAGAGCAGCGGCUGAAGAGGGAGCAGGAGAGGCUGGAGGAGCAAGAGAGGCUGGAGCAGGAGGAGAGGCGAGAGCAGCGGCUGAAGAGGGAACAGGAGAGGCUGGAGCAGGAGGAGAGGCUGGAGCAGCAGCUGAAGAGGGAGCAGGAGAGGCUGGAGCAGGAAGAGAGGCGAGAGCAGCGGCUGAGGCGGGAGCAGGGUAAGACCCGCACCCCGAGGUGGCAGUGGCAGCUAGAAAGCGAGGCCCACGCACGUCAGAGUAAAGUCUACUCCAGGCCCCACAGGCAGGAGGCGGCGAGGCGGCGCCAGGAACUGGAGCAGCAACUGCCUGCGGAGGAACAGCAGGCACGCCGGCAGUAUGAGGAGGAAGAGAGGCAGCGCCGCGACCUCAAAUGGCAGUGGCAGGCGGAGGCGGAGAGCGAGAGGCGCCGCCAGAGGCUGUUGGCCAGGCCCUCCAGGGAGCAGCUGGACAGGCAGCUGAGGGCGGAGGAGCGCCAGGAGCAGGAGCAGCGGCUCCGUAAGGAGGAGCAGAUGCAGGGGCAGGAGCGCGCCGCACAGUUCCCAGAUGGGGGGGACCUCCUCCAGCAGGAUCGUGAGAAGAGGCGACGCCAGGAGGAGCAGCAGCGUGAACAAAGGUGGAGGUGGCAACUAGAGGAAGAAAGUCAGAGACGCCGCUACACCCUGUAUGCCAAGCCAACCCUGCGGGAGCAGCUGAGACAAAAAGAGCAGCUACAGCAGGAGGAGAAGCUCCAGUACCAAGAGCAGGACAGAAAGUUCCGUGAGGAGGAGCAGCUCCUCCAGGAGAGAGAAGAGCAGCUUCGUCGCCAAGCACGUGACAGAAAGUUCCGGGAGGAGGAGCGGCUCCUCCAGGAGAGAGAAGAGCAGCUUCCUCGCCAAGCGCGUGACAGAAAGUUCCGUGAGGAGGAGCGGUUCCAGGAGAGAGAGGAGCAACUGCGCCGCCAAGUGCGUGACAGAAAGUUCCAUGAGGAGGAGCAGCUCCUCCAGGAGAGAGAAGAGCAAAAGUUCCGUGAAGAGGAGCGGUUCCAGGAGAGAGAGGAGCAGCUGCGUCGCCAAGCGCGCGAUGGAAAGUUCCGUGAGGAGGAGCAGCUCCUCCAGGAGAGAGCGGAGCAACUGCGUGGCCAAGAGCGCAACGGAAAGUUCCGUGAAGAGGAGCGGCUCCAGGAGAGAGAAGAGCAGCUGCGUCGCCAAGCGCGUGACAGAAAGUUCCGUGAGGAGGAGCAGCUCCAAGAGAAAGAAGAGCAACUGCGUCACCAAGCGCCGCGUGACAGAAAGUUCCAUGAGGAGGAGCAGCUCCAGGACAGAGAAGAGCAACUGCGUCGCCAAGCGCGUGACAGAAAGUUCCCUGAGGAGGAACAGCUCCAGGAGAGAGAAGAGCAGCUGCGUCCACAAGCGCGCUACAGAAAGUUCCGUGAAGAGGAGCGGUUCCAGGAGAGAGAAGAGCAGCUGCGCCAAGCGCGUGACAGAAAGUUCCGUGAGGAGGAGCAGCUCCGCCAGGAGAGAGCAGAGCAACUGCGUGGCCAAGAGCGCGACGGAAAGUUCCGUGAAGAGGAGCGGUUCCAGGAGAGAGAGGAGCAGCUGCGCCAAGCGCGUGACAGAAAGUUCCCUGAGGAGGAGCAGCUCCAAGAGAGAGAAGAGCCACUGCGUCGCCAAGCGCGUGACAGAAAGUUCCGUGAGGAGGAGCAGCUCCUCCUGGAGAGAGAGGAGCAGCUGCGUGGCGGAAAGUUCAGUGAAGAGGAGCGGCUCCAGGAGAGAGAAGAGCAGCUGCGUCGCCAAGCACGUGACAGAAAGUUCAGGGAGGAGGAGCAGCUCCUCCAGGAGAGAGAGAAGCAGCUGCCUCGCCAAGCGCGUGACAGAAAGUUCCAUGAGGAGGAGCAGCUCCAGGAGAGAGAAGAGCAGCUGCAUCGCCAAGUGCGUGGCAGAAAGUUCCGUGAGGAGCAGCAGCUCCUCCAGGAGAGAGAGGAGCAGCUGCGUAGCCAAGCGCUUGACAGAAAGUUCCCCAGGGAAAAGCAACAGUUGCAGCUUGAGGAACGGGAAGAGCAUAAGCGUCGGCGGGGACAAGACGGACAAUACCUGGCGGAGGAGCAGUUGGCCAAGGAGAAGAGUCGUCGCCAGGAACUGGAGAGGAAAUUCCGGGAGGAAGAACAGCUCCGCCGCCAGCAAGAGGAGGAGCAAAGGCGCCGCCAAGUCCGGGAGAGAAAAUCCCGGGAAGACAAGGGCCAUGGGCAGGUGCUCGAACCUGGCACGCGUCAGUUCGCCUAUGUCCCAGUGCGCUCCAGCCCUCUGUAUGAGUACAUCCAGGAGCAGAGAUCUCAAUACCGCCCUUAA